AUGAGUAGAGUAUAUCUGUUGAUAGUUUUUUACAUUUUUAUUUUCCCUUAUCUGUGUUCAAGUCAACAAGAUGUUCAAAGUGAUACAUGGGUAGCAGUCGAUGAUCUUGGUCGAGCUCUGCCAAAUAUAACACAAGUUGGACCGCCACGUGCUAAUCGUACGGUUGGCAUUUUCUAUUUUUUAACACUAGGUAAUGAUGGAGUAUCAAAUGGACCUUAUGAUGUAUCGAAAAUUCUCAAAGCACACCCAGAAGCACUUUACGAUAUAAAUAGUCCUUAUUGGGGACCACUUUACACGUCUCAUCAUUGGGGUGAAAGUCUCUUUGGUUAUUAUGUUAUUGAUGAUGAUUUCAUUCUUCGUAAGCAUGCCUCAAUGAUUGCUAAUGCAGGUGUUGAUGUCAUUAUUUUUGAUGUUUCGAAUGCCGUAACCUAUCGAGAUAGUUAUCAAAGACUUUGUUCAAUCUAUACUGAUAUUAGAAAGAAGGGAGGACGAACACCACAUAUUGCUUUUCUUUGUCCAUUUGGUAAUCCAGGAGAUAUUGGAAGAAAAACAGUACGUGCGUUGUAUGAGGAUUUGUAUGCUAAUGGAUCAUAUUCAGAUCUAUGGUUUCGAUGGAAAGGUAAACCAUUAAUGCUAGCUGAUCCAGAAUAUGUUGAUGAUGAUAUACGUCAAUUUUUUACGCUGCGUCGUAAUAUUGGACCUUAUAAUCAAGGUCCUACGGGCCCUGACCAAUGGGCAUGGCUUGAAAUAUAUCCACAACAUGUUUUUCCGAACAGUGAUGGAGAAAAAGAAGAAGUAGCUGUAGGUGUUGCUCAGAAUUAUAAUACAUUACAAUAUAAUAGCACUGCACCAAUGAGUUGGCCAGGUGCUUUUGGUCGAAGCUAUCAUAACAAUUCUAUGGAUAACCAAACUGAUGCAGUUAAUUGGGGAUUUAAUUUUGCCGAACAAUGGGAGCGUGCAUUAGACAUUGAUCCUCUUUUUAUUUUUGUUACUGGCUGGAAUGAAUGGACAGCAGGAAAGUAUGAUGCAUGGAGUCGAUGGGAAUCGCCACCAGUUAUUUUCGUUGAUGAAUUUAUACAAGAAUUUAGUCGAGAUAUUGAACCCAUGAUGGAAGGUCAUGGUGAUAAUUAUUACUAUCAAUUAGUCGAUUAUGUUCGACGCUACAAAGGUGUUCGACCAUUGAUUCCUGUUAAACCAAGUUCAAUUAAAAUUGAUGGUAAUUUUGAUGACUGGACACCAGUACAACCUAGUUUUGCAACAGAUCCAGGAACACCUGUAUGGCGUGAUUAUCGUGGAUAUGGCACAGCAGGGCCCUACGUAAAUCAUACCGGAAGAAAUGACAUUGUCGAAACGAAAGUUAGUUAUAACGAAGAUUACAUUUACUUUUAUGUACGCACUAAUAAUCUAACUACAAACUAUACAGAUUCUAAUUGGAUGCUAUUAUUUCUUAAUGUCGAUACUAAUUAUACUACGGGUUGGCUUGGCUACGAUUUCGUAUUGAACAGAGCUGUUACAUCUGCUCAAGAAACAUCUCUUGAACGUAAUAUUGCCAGUGACUCAUAUGAAUGGGGGAAAGUGGCCGAUAUCCCGUAUGCUAUGAAAGGUAAAGAACUAGAAUUAAUGUUAUCUCGUCAAUUAUUAGGAAUUAAACCAUCAUCCGUUACUAUUGAUUUCAAAUGGGCAGAUAAUAUACAGCAAGACGGUACAUGGACUGACUUCACGCUAAAUGGUGAUGCUGCCCCGCCAGAUCGAUUUAAUUUUCGUGCUCAACUCAACUGA